AUGUCAGAGGCGCUCCUGAAGAAGAUCUUGGAGGACAAUCCUGAAAUCGAAGUAGAACGAGACCUGCAGAGAUCUCCAGUACACACAGGCAGCUCUAUUCAGGAUAAAGUGAAAAUGCUGUUCAUACAGAACGGCAUCCCACCAACGGCGAACCCUCCUCUAUUAGAAGAUCUCGUACAGCUCAUUGCAGAGGAGAAGAAGGCUAGUGCGAGAGAAGCCAGGGCAGCAGAGGCCAAGGCGUAA